AAAUUAAACUUUUCUUUUGUUUCCAGAUGUAGACAGGAAAAUUGUAAUCAAAAGAAUAGAUGAUGUUCUCAAAUGUCCAAAUUGCCAUAUAGCCUGUUUUACUAGGGAAAAUAUCAAAACUCAUGUUAUUAAAUCAAGUUGCAAAGCCUCCUUAUUUCUUCAAUCAGAUAACAUCAACCAAAAUCCAAAGAUACUUUCAAAACGUGAUUAUGAUACUUCUAUCCUCAAUGCUUGUGGUGGUUUGAUGCUUGAGAAAAGCCAUCAGGAACAAAUUGUUAAAAUUGUAGAUGCAAUAAACGUUAAGCCUUUAAGUUUUAUCAAUAAUCAAGGUGAAGAAAUAAACGUACUGGUACAUGAGAGUCACUCUCAACAAGUAUGCAACAAUGAUUUUAAGCACAUCUCCGUUGUUCCGAGGAAAAGAGAAACAGAUGAAAGGUCAAUAGAAAUAAACAUCGAUUUACAUGAUAUUCUACUCAAUAGCGCCUACACCAAAUUAUUCAAGAAAGAAGACUAUUGAAUUAGAUGAAGCUACAUCAAGAUUAUUAAACACGGAUUGGAGCACAUUUCCACAUAUAAAAUAUGCAUGUUCGGUGAUGCUUGCGGGGAUGGUGGUUAUAAAAGGAAACAAGGCUCUUUUGAUCAACUGUAACGAAGUGUAUGGCAGAACGAGGUCCAUUGAUAUACAUCGCGAAAGCUUUACGAUUAAAAUGGGGGUAUUACCGUCUACAUCGAUCCCGCAGCCAAAUUAUAGAUAUAACAACGUUUGGGUAACAACAAUUACAGAUGAUCAUGGAUGUAAGUUAGUGUUUGGAACAAAAUCGUUCAAUUCCCUUUCGACAUCAAGUCUCAGACUCGAUACCAACUUGCAACCUGAGGUCGGGCCAAGUACUACAAAUUUCACCAUUGCAAAUUCCACAGAAUCUAGUCAAGCAAAGCUUUAUAUCUACAAAAAGUCGUAUGAAAAAGCGAAAAAACUUUCUAUGAUUUUUGAAAACCGCAAAAUCAAUGAUUAUGAUAAUCUCUUUCAAUUACGUCAAUUGCAGACAAAGUUCGAUCAUAUCUCUACAUACCGUCGGUGCAGGGCGGCGUCUUCAUUUACUGAUAAUCAUUUUUCACAACCAUACUCAGUGUUUACAUUAUCUGAAUGUGAUAAUGGACAUGAUAUAUCCGAUUUCAAAGCUCUAUCUGAAAUAUUUCGUGAGAUCGCUUUGAAAAUUAUUCAUGAAGAAGAUAAUGGUAUACCCGAAAAGGAAAUCACUGGGAUUUUAGAAAAACAGUUCGUAAAAAAUCAGAUUAAAAAUGUCAAUCAAAUGGUGAAGGAAUCAAAACUUUACAGGCGAUAUUAAAUCUGUAUGGUGACAAGGAAUCAAUCACGGUAAUAGAGAAUACCAAGUUAAAUAAGUGUUUAGAACAAUUAGCAAAACAGCUUAUGCCUACAAUCAACCGCGUAAACAAACAUGUAGUGUCCUCUAUAAAGCAAGCAUUCUCUGAACAUAUGCCACAAUAAUCUCUUUUGGGUAUCAAUAUGAAAAGUCAAUAGGAUAAAUUCAUUUGAUGUACAGAAUAAUCAUUAUGUCUACUAUCAAAAGGUUCACGCCCCAAAUGAGUUAUUAUAUUAUAAAAUACCAUAUCG